CGGGAAUUAUUCCUGAUUUUAUUUUAAAAUCAUCACUGUUUCAUUUGAUGUGGUAUCAAUCAGUGUUGAGUGUGAUCAGUUUAAUUUUUGUGAUUAUUUAUCUCAGAGUAAAUUAUUUCCCAUCGAUAAAGAAGGCUUGUAGAAGUAAAUUCCGAACACCAAAAGAUGAAACUGUUGUUGCUUUUAUGCAUCCAUAUAGUGAAGGAUGUGCCGGAGGAGAACGUGUUUUGUGGUGGAUAAUUAAAGCACUUCAACAAUUGAGAGAUGAUGUUCAUGUUGUUCUCUUUUCUGGAAAACCUCUUAAUGAAAAUGGAACUUUUCAAAAUAUCACUGAAGAACAAUAUGAAAAAAUUCUUACUGAUAAGGUUAAAAAGAUUUUUAAUAUUGAAUUGGAUAGACCUGUUCAAGUUGUGUUUUUAUAUAAUAGAGAUUUAUUGGAAGCAGCUUCAAAAGCAAGAUUAACACUUAUUGGACAAAGCUUGGCAAGUAUCAUGUUAGGAUGGGAAGCUGUUAGCACCUAUACACCUGAUGUUUUCAUUGAUACUCAUGGAUUGCCAUUUACUUACUUUGUUGCUAAAUUGGCUGGAUGUAAGGUUGGAUCUUAUACUCAUUAUCCAACCAUUAGUACUGAUAUGUUGGAAAGAGUUGUUAAAAGAGUGACAGCUUACAAUAAUGAUGACAGUGUUACUAACAGUACUUUAAAAACAAGUCUUAAAUUGACUUAUUACAAGAUUUUCUCAGCUCUCUAUGGCUUCUUUGCUGGAUACUUCUGUGAUAUGGUUAUGGUAAAUUCCACUUGGACUCAUGGACAUGUUAAAUCAUUGUGGUGGUUAAGAAAUAGAAAGAUCAAAAAAUCUCGUUUGAAUAUUGAAAUUGUCUAUCCUCCAUGCAAUGUUGAUCAUUUAACAACUGUUCCAUUAGCUCAUGAAACAAGAAAGCCAUACAUUUUGUCCGUUGGUCAAUUUAGACCUGAAAAGGAUCAUGCUCUGCAAGUUAGAGCAUUCUCUUCAUUCUUAAAAAAUGAAGAAUAUGAUUUGGGAGGAAGUACAAGAAUUUCUAAAAAGGAUGUCAAACUUAUUCUGUUGGGAGGUUGUAGAAAUGAAGAAGAUAGUGCAAGAGUUGACUAUCUUAAAAAACUUGCACAAGAUAUGGAAAUUCCAUCAUCCCAAUUUGAAAUUAUCACUAACGCUCCAUUCUCUCAAUUAUUAGAAAAGCUUGGUGAAUCUAUGAUAGGAAUUCACUCAAUGUGGAAUGAACAUUUUGGAAUUUGUGUUGUUGAAUAUAUGGCUGCUGGUUUGAUAACUCUUUCGCACAAUUCUGGAGGACCAAAAUCUGAUAUCGUCACUCCAAACAAGACUGGUUUCUUGGCUGAAACUGAAAAGGAAUACUCACAAGCAAUCAAUGAUAUUUUGUCAAGAUAUCACACUGAAGAAAUGAAAGAAAUUCAAGAAAAUGCCAGAAAGAGUGCUGAUAGAUACACUGAAGAAAAGUUUGUUGUUGAUGCUCAAGAAUGUUUGAAAGAACUUUUAAUAUAAACUCUCAUAUUUGAUAGUAAU